AGCGGCGCCGCAGCUCUAGGGGAGCGAGGGAACAUUUAACGUGACGGGACGAGGUGGGGGGAGUGUUGGGUGGCGGACUGGAUACGGCAGUUGGUAAUGGCGGCGUUGUUCGCACGGAUCGUGUUUUAUCCGAGUUUGGGCUACAACAUCUUCAUGUCGAAGGUGUUCGGCCGCCACUGGUAUGACCGGAUUGACCAGACCGUCAUCAUUGGGGCGCUCCCUUUCCGUUCACUGACCGAGGAGUUAGUAAGAAAAGAGAAUGUGCGAGGAGUGAUAACCAUGAAUGAAGAUUAUGAAACCAAAUUCUUUGUAAAUACAGCUGAGGAAUGGGAGUCAUAUGGAGUUGAACAGUUAAGACUCAGCACAAUUGAUAUACUUGGCGUACCGAAGUUGGAAGACCUGAAAAAGGGCGUUGAUUUCCUUACUAAAUAUCGUAAAAACGGAAGCUGCGUCUAUGUGCACUGCAAGGCUGGACGCUCCCGUAGUGCCACUAUGGUGGCAGCAUACUUAAUUCAUUUGCAUCAUUGGAGUCCAAAGAAGGCGUGUGAAUAUAUUGCAUCUAUCAGAUCUCAUAUUAUUAUUCGCAGUGGACAGUUUAAGAUUCUGAAGAACUAUUAUUGUGAACUGUUCUCAGAGGAGCCAGAUGUCUUGUGUGAAACAAAAAGUGCUGCAGCUUUCAAGUCAUAAAGUACUCCAUUUCUGGACAUAAAGAUGUUAUUGCCUUUAAGUGAUUCCUACUGAUAGAAAUCAACAAAAGGAGGUUGCAGUUAGGUUCCAAUUUUGUGAUCACCAGAUCUCAGCCAUGAGUUGAGCUUUGUUCUUGCUAGUGCAUAAUUGAAGCAGUUUUGCAAGGGAUGUAUUAUCAGUCCACUUUGAACUUUUUAUUUUGUUGAGAUGUUUGCUAUUUAUAGAAAGAUGGUGUUAAAACAGUUUUCAAUCCUAGGGAGUAGUUAUUUUUGAAAGAUUUUCAGAUGUUAGAAACUUUUUCACCCAUUGUUAAUUUCAGAGAAUAUGCUGUGAGCUUUCUGAACACUUGUAUGGAAACUGUUAUAUUGCACUAUUUUGAAAUUGUUGUACCAUCCUGUGUCAGUAAAAGGAUAUUGCAACUUUUUUCCACAUUGUUUGUUCCUGAAGACACAUUGAUGUCUUCAGUCCCCAGAACAUGCAAAGAUUUUUGUUACUUAUGUGAUUGUAAAUGUUAUCUGAAAGGGAUAAAUUCCAUAAUCCCAUACUCCCAAAAGGAGCUGCUCAAAUUACACUUUCUGUUGAGAAUUUGGGAUUGGAGAAUUAGUCCCAUACAUACCUUUUUAACAUAAAAUGUUUAAUGUUAAUAUAUAAAAUAAAUAUCUUUGUAAUAUAAUUAUAAAUAAAUAAUUUUAGA